CGCUUCAACGUUUUACACUGAAGUUUCAGUGCCUGAACGUUUCUACUUCCGGUUCACUGUUGAAGCGUACCUAUCCUGGACUUGCAGUUCUUUCGCGUACUCUUCUCCUAAGUAAACGAGCUCUUUUAAAGCAUUUUCAUCGGAUGCGACAACAUACUACUGACUGAAGGCCAACGCAAUCCUGACAAUCAAGUUAAAGAGAGAGACGUGGAAGAUGAGGAGAGGAAAUCCAGGCCACGACGAGGUGCUGAAAAACGAAAAAAUGAGGUGUCCCGUAGACGUCAGUGAUGAAGAUCUUCACUCUGAAAAGAAUGAUCGCCUCCACGUGAAACAGGAGGAGGAGUCGGGGAUGCAGUACAUCGAACAGGAGGCAGAGCCAGAAACCCCUUACAUUAAAGAAGAACAAGAAGAUGAAAUCAUAAUGUUUCCGAUGACUGUCAGUGUGAAGCAUGAAGAAGACGAAGGUCCAAGCGAUGAGAGUGGAGCAAGCAAAGCUUUGAGCGACAGCUCAUUGCAACACCUGACAACAAAAGAGGAGAGACGAACGCAAACGGACGGCCUCUUAGCUCCGCUCUCAGAUAGCGACAAUGUAACGUCCCACUCCUCUGACUAUAACACUGAUGAGGAGGAUCUUGACUUUGACCCAAAGUCUUGGAAAUCAUUAAAAGAGUCAUCAUUGAGAAAAGACAUAAAAGAAUGUGCGGGAGGAACACCGUUUGCCUGCUCACAUUGUGAUAAAAGAUUUUCUUGGAAGCAUCACUUAAACAGACACAUGCAAACACACACUGGGAAGAAACCUUUUAUCUGCACAUGUUGUGGUAAAAGAUUCACCCAGAAGGGAAAUUUAGAGAGACACGAGAGCACACACACAGGGGAGAAACGUUUUGCCUGCUCACUUUGUGGGAAAAGAUUCUCGCAGAAAGUAUAUUUAGUAUUGCAUAAAAGAAGCCACACUGGGGAAAAACCUUUUGUCUGCACAUUUUGUGGUCGAAAAUUCACCCAGAAGGGAAGUUUAAACAAACACACACGCACACACACAGGAGAGAAGCCUUUCGCUUGCUCCUUAUGUGAGAAAAGGUUUUUUCGAAAGCCACAGUUGACAAGACACAUGGGUACACACACUGGAGAGAAGCCUUUUGUCUGCACAUUUUGUGGUAAAAAAUUCACCCAGAAGGAAAGCUUAAACAAACACACCAGCACACACACCGGAGACAAGCCUUUCGCAUGCUCGUUAUGUGAGAAAAGGUUUUUUCGGAAGCCACAGUUGACAAGACACAUGCGUACACACACUGGAGAGAAGCCUUUUGUCUGCACAUGUUGUGGUGAAAAAUUCACCCAGAAGGAAAGUUUAAAAAGACACACAAGCAAACACACUGGAGAGACGCCUUUCGCCUGCACUCUUUGCGAUAAGAAAUUUUCUCAGAAGACUUAUUUAGAAAAGCAUAUGCGUGCACACACUGGAGAAAAGCCUUUUAUCUGUACAUUUUGUGGUAUAAGAUUCGCCGAGAAAGAAAAUUUAAACAGACACGCGAGCACGCACAUUGGAGAGAAACGUUUUCCCUGCUCACUUUGUGGCAAAAAAUUCGCUCAGAAAGGAAAUUUAGUAUUGCAUAAAAGAUGCCACACUGGAGAAAAACCUUUUGUUUGCACAUUGUGUGGUAAAAAAUUCACUCAGAAGGUGAGUUUAGACAAGCACACACGCAUACACACUGGAGAGAAACCUUUUGCCUGCUCCUUGUGUGAGAAAAAGUUUUGUCGGAAGCAUCAGUUGACAAGACACUUGCGUGUACACACUGGGGAGAAGCCUUUUGUCUGCACAUUAUGUGGUAAAACAUUCACCCAGAAGGAAAGUUUAAACAAACAUUUAAGCAGACACACUGGAGAGAAGCCUUUCACCUGCACGCUUUGCGAUAAAAAAUUUUCUCACAAGACUUAUUUAGAAAAGCAUAAGCGUAGACACACUGGGGAAAGGCCUUUUGUCUGCACAUGUUGUGGUAAAAGAUUCACCGAAAAGGGACAUUUAAGCUCACACACAAGAACACACACUGGAGAGAAGCCUUUUGCCUGCUCACUUUGUAGUAAAAGAUUCGCUCAGAAGCGAAAUUUAGUUUUGCACGCAAGAAGCCACACUGGGGAAAUACCUUCGAAUUGCAGUGUGUGAUGAGGUCAGAAAAUAGAGAUGGACCGAUUAUCGGCUGGGGCAAUAUUUGGAAAUUUGACCUAUAUCAGUAUCGGCCUUUUUGUAACUAUGACCAGCUGAUGUGAAAAAAAUCACUCACAGAUUUUGCUUUUGUCUACUCUAUUUGUAGCUUUUGUGAACUCAGUUGUGAAGUUUCUUGAAAGGCGCUUUGAAAUAAAAAUGUAUUAUUGUUUGAAA